AAAACCACCAUGAAGAGCGAGGGCUCUGGAAACGUCAUUGGUUUGAAAUUCGAAAAUCGCACUUGUACUCAAUCUGGUACUCGUAGUCCAAUCUAAAGGUCUCUAUUAUAAGGUCGUCAUGACUUCCAAACCACAAGCCUAGGUGCAGUGCAUAAAUACAUGUAUAAUUUCUCACUGGGCUAUUUUUCUUACAUCAUGUUUUGGGGGAUACCCAUCCCAAUCUCUCUGGCCACUUUGAAUUCACAAAACUGUUUUAACAUACGCAGAGGUGUACAUGUACAAGAAUUGUUUCAAGCAAUUUUUCCAAACAUCCAGGUCAUUUCUGUGUCUAUACUGAUGUUCAAAAGAAAGAGACCAUGCUACAGUGAAUCAAGUCAUUGUUUAUAAUGAAUAAAAAUACCUUUAAACCACAGAAAUAGUGGUUUAGCAAGGUAGAAGACAUCAAAGCCAAUGAUGGGUAAGACCGAGAUGGAUUGUAAUAGCUGACUUGUAAGACUAACUGGUUUUAUAUUCUGCUCUGUUUUAGCUCUGAUGCCAUGGAUGAAAAGGAGCGACUUCACCUAUGCUGUGAUGCCUUUAAAGCACAUCUCAUUAGCAUUAAUGAAGCCAUCAAGACAAAUGAAGUUGCUGAUCAUGUUGAUUCUGCUAUUAAAAAUAUCCAGAAUGGUGUGCGGUAUGAGCGUCUUGAUGUUAAUGGACCAAAACAUCCAAGAGUUACAGAAAAAUGUCCUUUGACGACAAACUACUUCGUAACGCCUGGUGACUGUGAUACUGUGGAAGACGAAGAGAAGCUCAUGUUUUCUCACAAGGCAAAAUUUUGCAUGGCAAGUCAGGGAUGGAUAUGGGGAGGAGACCCUCUCAAGGACUUUGCUGCCCCAGGAUCAUUGGUUUAUCUGCGGCGUGAAGUCAUUGCAUGGGGUGACAGCGUGAAACUACGGUAUGGGCAGAAACCUGAAGAUGCGCCUUUCCUUUGGGAUCAUAUGCUUAAGUAUACCAAGAUUUGUGCUGAGUUGUUUGAUGGCAUUCGCCUUGACAAUUGCCACAGCACACCACUUCAUGUUGCAGAGUACUUUGUAGAUGCAGCAAGACAAUUGAAACCAGAAUUGUAUAUUACAGCAGAAUUGUUCACUGGUUCUGAGGCUACUGACAAUAUUUUUGUCAACCGUCUGGGCAUCACAUCUCUUAUAAGAGAGGCUUUGAAUGCACAUGAUGCUCAUGAGGAAGGUCGUUUGAUUUACCGCUAUGGAGGUGAACCUGUCGGUGCCUUCAUGCACCCCUCAGACAUGAAGCCCCUUGUGCCCAGCAUUGCACAUGCACUCUUUAUGGAUGUUACACAUGACAACCCCAGUCCAUUUCAGGUGCGAUCUGUGUAUGACUCUAUUGCCAGUGCAGCGUUAGUCUCAAUGGCAUGCUGUGCGACAGGGAGCUCCAGAGGAUAUGACGAACUGGUACCUCAUCAUAUCCAUGUGGUCAAAGAAGACCGCCUUUACUUGUCAUGGCCAAAUGACAAGUCUGAGCUUGAGGACACUGCAUUUGUUAAAGAGAGUGAUGGUAUUCUGUCAGCUAAAAAAGCCAUCAAUGAGCUGCACAGAUGGCUUGGUGAAGAAGGAUAUACACAGGUGUAUGUGGAUCAGAUUCAUCACGAUGUUCAUGCCAUCACAAGACACUGUCCAGACAAGAGAAAAACAGUUGUUUUAGUAGCACAUUCUGCCUUUCAUAACCCCUCAGAGGACCUUCAACCUACCAUGCACAGGCAGAAGGUUCAUAUGAGGGGUAUACCACCACUUACUAUACCAGGUGAGAUCAAUGAAAUCAUUUUUGAAGCCAUGUUGGUGAAGAAAGCAGGCCUAAAUGUUUUUAGCAAGGAUGGUGAAUUCAUAAAUGGUCUUCAGUCACAUGAGGCUCUGGUUCAGCGGCAUGUUCCACUCAGUGAUGCUAAGACCUGCCGGGCAGAACAGAAAGGGAAUAACACUUUUGAAGUGUAUUUUGAUAACUUUGCUCCUGGUAGUGUGGUUGCAUUCGACAUCACAAUGGAAACUAAAGUCAAGAAUGCUUUAGGGAAAUUAAGGUAUGCUUCACCUCUGCUCAUACAGUACCUUGACUUUGAUAAUUCAUUGUUAUUAUAAACUACGAGUAGUCCCUCUUUCGGUAAGUCCGUUGUUCGUGACGCGAAAGAAAGCCGCACAAAAAAAAAUGGCCCCGCGAAAUCCUGGGGCCGAAUCAACGAUCACCUCACAGAAAUCGAGAGCGAAAAAGCUAAAAAGAAUAAAAUUCUCACUGAAAAGGACUUCAAGUAAGGGUUUCCAAUGAUUUCUCUUCGUCAUAUGAAACUCCGUGCCUUCGAAAAAUCGCUGAGACUGAAUUGUCCUUUAAAAUUUGCAGUUCUGUACGUGCGCGCAUCAGUUUUUCAACAAAUUUUAAAAAUCUUAAAAGUCAAGAAACCGUGAAUGUCCUUCUUUUAGGUUUCCCAAGAAUUAAGUUAUCCAUUUGCUUCUAAUUCCUCCGAAACUUCGGAAAGACGAGAAACGUCCAGAUUUCGUAGACCAUAGCUCAGCCAAUCAGAUUGCAACAUUUGCAUUAGUAUACUUAUAGAAUUCUACUAAUUACUAAACAGUAAAGGGAACGGUUAAGGACUCUUAUAAUUG